CCCAAAUCUCUGUUGUCACCCCCCCCUUUACCCUCCCCCCCCCAAUGCCGCUGGGCCUGGGCCGCCGCAAGAAGCCCCCGCCGCUGGUGGAGAACGAGGAAGCGGCGGGGGGGCGAGGGGGGGCUGCCGGUGAUACCCCGGGGGUCCCGGCGGGGGUUCUUGGGGGGCCGCCCCCCCCGGGGCUCCCCCCGCCGCCCCCCGCCCUUCGGCCUCGCCUGGUCUUCCACACGCAGCUGGCCCACGGCAGCCCCACGGGCCGCGUCGAGGGCUUCACCAACGUCCGCGAGCUCUACGGCAAGAUCGCCGAGGCCUUCCGCAUCCCCCCGGGAGAGGUGAUGUUCUGCACCCUCAACACGCACAAGGUGGACAUGGAGAAGCUCCUGGGUGGCCAGAUCGGCCUGGAGGACUUCAUCUUCGCCCACACCAAGGGCCAGCGCAAGGAGGUCGAGGUCUUCAAGUCGGAGGAGGCCUUGGGGCUCACCAUCACCGACAACGGCGCCGGCUACGCCUUCAUCAAGCGGAUCCGGGAGGGCAGCGUCAUCGACCGGAUCCCGGUGAUCAGCGUGGGGGACAUGAUCGAGGCCAUCGACGGGCAGAGCCUGGUGGGCGCCCGUCACUACGAGGUGGCCAAGAUGCUGAAGGAGCUGCCCCGGGGACGCACCUUCGCCCUCCAGCUCACCGAGCCCCGCAAGGCCUUCGACAUGAUCGGCCCGCGGGCAGGGGGGGGGCGCGGGGGGGGCACCCAGCUGGGCACUGGCCGGGGCACCCUGCGCCUCCGCGCUCGGGGACCCGCCACCGUUGAGGAGCAGCCGUCCGCCUUCGAGGAGCGAGCCGUGGCCAAGGUGGACGAUCUGCUGGAGAGCUACAUGGGCAUCCGGGACAGCGAGCUGGCCGCCACCAUGGUGGAGCUGGGCCGGGACGCCCGGGACCCCGACGCGCUGGCGCAGGCCCUCGACUCCCAGCUCGGGGAUUUCGCCUUCCCCGACGAGUUCGUCUUUGACGUUUGGGGGGCCAUCGGCGACGCCAAGGUGGGGCGCUGCUAGGGGCCCCCCCCUGCCCACUCUGUGUGUGUGUGGGGGGGACACCCCUCCCCUGGACCGGGACCACCCCCCUGGGAUUUUGGGGGGUGGACCCCUCCACCCACCGACCGCCAUGGACUGGGCCCCCCUCGGCUCCAUCCUGUGAUUGGGGACCCCCCCCUCCAUGCUUGAAAAUGGGGGUGUCCCCCCCCAAUAAGCUGGACACCCCCCUGAAAACUGCUGGAGAUGCAGGACCCCCACCGGUGACCCCCACCCCAGCUGGGGAGCCCCCCAUGAAGCCCCCACCCCCAUGACCCCCCCAAGGGACCUGGGUGCCCCCACCCCAACUCCAGACACCCCCCCCAAAUUACCUGCCCCUCCUUCUCAGCCAGGGCCCCCCCCCAACACGGGACCACCACUACACCCUGCGACCCCCCCAGCAAACCGGGGUGCCACCUCACAGCACAGCCCCCCCCCCCCCCAAAGUGGUCUGGGACCCCCAACAGAGGGGGGUACCCCCCCACCAUUUCCUGCAGGGCCCCUCUGUGGACUUAGGUCCCCUCCCCAUUUUUUUGGGACCCCCCCCCUCAAGGACCCUGGGUGCCCCCCUACAGGUGUGGGUGCCCCCCCCCCCAAACACGGGACCCCUUUAAAGCCCCCCUGGGCCUGAAGACUCCCAAUUCUGUCCCCCCACCCUGGGCUGCACCCCACUACUGGGGGGGGGGUGCUCCAACCCCCCCUCCCACUUUGGGUGGCCCUUAGUGCCCCCCCAUGACACUAAUGCCCCCCCUCCCCCUGCAGGCUGAGGUAUGAGGGUCCCCACUUCACCCCCCCAGGGGCUUUUUGGGGGGGGACGGGGACCGGACCAACCCUGUGUCCCCCCAAAAUAUGAGACAGCCCCCCCACCCCGUGCCAAUCUGAGCCUGUCACACACUGUCCCCCCCCCCGUGACACGCUGUCCCCCCCCCACCGCACUGACUACCUCGGGGGGGGCGUCGGGGGGGGGGAUGCACAGCACAGCCCCCCCCGGUCACCGUGUCCCCUGGGGGGGUCCCCUGGAGCUGUGGGGGGUGGUCACAGGGUGGGGGUGGGGGGGCUGCUCCCCCCCCCCGGGGCAUAUUUUUGUAUUUUACGUGUAAAGUGAUUUUAACAUAAAAUAGAGAGAAAUUGGGAGUGGUCGCUGCUGGGGGGGCACGGGGUGAGGGAGGGGGGGCGGCAGCGGCUUGGGGACAGCCGAGCUGCCCCUCGCACGCCCCUCGCACACCCCUCGCACGGCUCUUCACGGCCUCGCGCACCCCCUUGCGCGGCUGUUCCUGGCCUCGCACGCCCUUCGCGUGCCGCUUGCACGGUUCUUCCCGGCCUCGCGCGGCCGCGCCUUGCACGUCCCUCGUGAGGACCUUGCACGCCCCUUUACACGUCUCUUUGUUGCCUUGCACACCCCUCACGUGCCUCUUCCCGGCUUUGCGCGCUUGCAUGCCCCUUGCACGCUCUCUUGCACACCUGUUCCUGGCCUCACGCACCCCCUCACAUGGCUGUUCGUGGCCUCGUGCACCCCCUUGCACACCCCUUUGCACGG